CCAGAGCUAGAACUUCUGAAAUAAUUGGAGUGGAAAAAAUAGAAGUGCUUACCUGUGCAUAUCAUGAUUGGUACGACUGUCAUUGUAAACCAAACACUGAUAUUUAAUGUUAGAUGUAUCAAGUUUAGAGACAAGUAUAAAUUUAACCUGUGGCUUGCAGUGCCGGGGGAAUGCAGUGGUUUUGUCUUAGUGCUGAAAAUAGCGGGGAAUGGUCCUUACCUAGGGUCCCUGGGGUGCGAGGCAUUUGGCAGGGAUUUUACCAGCAGUUUGUUCCUGCAGGGCAGGGAUUUUACUCUGGCUUGGCUGGAUUCUAGACCCUACCAUCACCUGACUCUUGAUUCCACGACUUAUAUAAGCCAUGUUUGAGCUACCCUCCCAUCUGGGUCAGAUGUCAGGCCUUGGACUGCUAUGGACAUCUCUCUCGGGGGCCUAUGUGAUCCGGGGAAUCUACCAGGCAGUAGCAGGGUCUUCUACCAAUCGGGACUUUGCUGGCGAGAAAGGCAUCCUGAGAUUUUCAAAACACCCGAUCCGUCGCCAUUUUAUCGGCCUUGGUAUGAAUGGGGCAAUCUGCAUUGCAGCCUACAACUCUUACUGUUUCGGUAUCUCAGACUUUGGAUGGCUUCAGGGUCUGUUAGACAAGGUUUCCAAUCCUGGGGUUGUCACCACAGACGAGAUGUCCUGCCUGGUCGGCUGCAGUCUGCUGUUCACCCACACACUGUUACGCUGGUACCAGAGCGUCUACAUCAACGUAUUCAGUAGUUCAUGUACUGUAGGCCUACUUGAUUGGCUCGCACCCAAUCUCUACACCCUAUUGGCUGGUUUAACACUUGUCUCUGAUGCUCCACCUCUGGAGGGAAAAGGCUUUGGCUGGUUCAACACAUCAACUCUAUCGUGGAGGCAUGCUGUUGGUGUGGCAUUGUUCACUGCAGUCUCCAUUCAUGACAGCAAGCUGCAAUACCAGCUGGCAAAACUGAGGAAAAAUAGAAAUGGACAUGUUGUCAGUGAGGACCAUAAAAUGCCGAAGGGAGGAAUGUUUGACAUUGUCUCCUCGCCACAGUUUCUCCAUGAAAUUGUCCUCCAUGCUUCUAUUGGUCUGACCCUGGGAUUCACUCAUCAGGACUGGUGGCUUUGUACCGGCUAUAUCACCAUCAGCCAGAUUGUGCGAGGCCUUGGAAGACAGGAGUGGUAUCGGAAAAAAUAUGAGGACCUUCCUGCUGGUCGCAAGGCUGUUAUUCCUUAUCUGCUGUAGAUAGGAGGCCCACAUCGGGGCACUUUGCAAAUCAUGAAAUGCCUUUUUUGUGACAUUUUAUUCAUCAAAGCCUUAUAUUAGAUUGAAGGACAAAAUCCAGACUCCAUAUGCUUAUAAGCUGUUAAUUUAUGUUUUUUUCCAAUUAAAUUGUUAUGAAAUGAAUAUUUUACAAUAUUUAUGAAAUGUCUAUUUUGGAGAAUUUGGUUUGUCUAUGAUAAAUUGGGAGGAUUUUGUCCAUACCACCUUUUUUAAGGUUUGUAAAAUGAACAUGAUGUGGUAUGAUAUGAGAGAAUAAAAUCAUAGAACACCAUUAAGUAUGUAUGCAUGUUUAUGAUUGAGUCUAUUUUUAACCAGGUUUUCACAUAGUGAAACCUGGUUAUUUUGUUUUAUAUUUGUCGGACAUAUGCCUUUUAUGAAAUUCACUGAAUUUCACAUUGAAAAGAACAGAUGUUGUUUAGAUGGAUGUAAUUUGGUAAAUUGGAAGUUUAUUGCAGUAUGCAUUGAUGGUUGGAUUUUUUUUUUUUUUAUUCAUUUAUUUUUUAAAUAGUAUUGAAAUUCCGCAAAAUUCCAGAUGUUGUGAAAAUUCCUUAUUUGUAUUAACAUGUUUUUUUGUGUGUAAAAUUCUUCUUUUUCUCUGGCAUAAUACUUAUAAUAUAAGCCUAAAGUAAGUGCUGUGAUUGUUGGAUAUGUUAUUUAGAUAUUUUAUAAUGACCCCACAAUUUAUUUUGAUAACCGACUAUUUGUCGGUUCAUUCAUAUUUUUCAUGUUUUUUCUUAAUAGCUAUGAUAAGUAUUGUGAAAUUUCACACAUUACAGGUUCUCUGAUUUUAAACCAAUACUUGUAAACAUACAUGUUCAUCUUUAAUAAAAUUCUUUUGAUUAAUCUUCACAUAUGGAUAGUUUACUAAUAAGAACUUUGUAUAUAAUUAAAUAUCUCAAAUUGAAAUAUCUCAAAGACAACAAUAAAUGUUCAUGAUCUAACACCAUCACUUGACUGCAUGGCCCAUAUUGGCAAAGUUAUCCUAUUUGACUUAUAACAUGCAUAAGUUGCUCCCCCUGUCAUGUUAGCUCUCAAAAAAAUAAAUUCCAACGUCAGUCCUGGAAUGUUUGAAAGCUGAAUUUCAAACAGAAAGUAACAAUCAAAACCUUGUAUUGUAUAAUUGUGAAAGUAUGUAUAUUUUCUAUGAAAAUACUGAUCAUUUUAAAUUUAUGAAAUCAGUUACUACAUAUACAAGACAUGACAGACUUCUUGUGUGGACAGUUAUUAUAGAAAUAGGUAUAGUCAUUAGAAAUGCAUGUUUAACAUUAUACUUGUACAUCUCCUUACAUAUCAUGAAUUACAUCACAGUUGUAUACAACAUUCAACACAUAAUAUAUGAAUGCAAAUAUAAUGUAAUCAGACUGUAUUAUUAAUUGUGUAAAAGCUUUAUAAUUUCUAAUAAAGACUUAAAGGAUC